AUGGACAGAUCGAAUACAGUGGAGCUGCAUGCGGCCGGCGCGCAGAGCGCCCAGGGAGCCCGUCCCGAUCAAGAAGACGAGUAUAUAAUUCUGACACCUGGGGGAAGCCCGAACGAGAUUGGCGAUUCAAUUGCAUUCUUCGCUGUGUUUGACGGGCAUGGCACAGGAAUCGUCUCCAACCACGCGAAGGAGCACAUCCCCCUCCUCCUCUUCGAAUCCGACGAGUUCAGGAGUGGCAACUACGAACGGGCUAUGCAAGCUGCCAUCGACAAAGAGGACGAGCUGCUCCUCCAGGGUUUCCGCGAGGGGCAGAACUUCUUCGCGACGUCUGGGUCUACAGCAUCGCUGGCACUGGUUGAUAUGAAGAAUGGCGUCUUGGUAGUCGGGAACAUAGGCGACUCGCAUAUUCUCAUGGCAGAGCGGGAUCCGGAGAACGGGCAGGUGAAGAGCAUUGAACGCCUGACAACCUCGCACAAACCAGAAAGCGCGGACGAGAAAGCACGCAUCGAAAAGGCAGGUGGGCAUGUACACUCGCAUCAUGACAUCUCACGCAUCGGCAGCCUCAAUAUGUCCCGGGCCCUGGGCGACCUGCAGUACAAGACGCCGCUGAUCUCGGCCGCAGCGGCGCCAAAGACGGAGGGCCAGAAGUUUGCUUGUGCACCAGAUCCGCAAAAUGUGUCUUCACAGGACGGAGCCCAAGCGGGAACAGGGAGAGACGACUUCAUUACGGUCGAAAUGUCCUUUCGCCGGAUUGACUUGCACAAGGAGAAGCAGUAUCUCCUCGCCUUGACGACGGAUGGAGUCACGAAUGCACUGGAUGACGGCAAGAUCAUGAACGGGAUUGCGGAGAUGUUUAAUACAGGCAGUAAGGCGGAUGAAGUGGCAAGGAAGGUGGUAGACCAGGCGGCUUCGACGGAGUAUGCUGAUAAUGCGACCUGCGUGACGGUUUUCUUGAAUGGGACCGAGGCGAGGUUGGCCUAA